UUUCUGUUCGCCACAAAUGAUAUAUCUUCAAGCACACGGGGUCUAGUACAUGAAGUAAUACCGUACAUCGAUGUCCUGACGGCCCAUCUCGAUGAUUUCCAGGACAACCUUUCACUCACUUCCGCUAUCCUUGCAGCAGCGAAGCGUGGUCGACUCAUGCUCAGCAAGUACUACAGUCUCACUGAUGAGACACCCAUCUUCCGCAUUGCAAUGAUCAUGCACCCGGCGUACAAACUUUCGUAUUUCCGGAAGGCGGACUGGCCCGAAGCCUCGAUUCAAGAGGCCUGCCGACUCAUCACACACGAAUGGACCACGCGCUACAAGCCCGCUCCGGCUGCUAAUCUCACAGGUCCCGCUGUUGGUCCGUCGACGGGAGAGGGGACAACGCGUUCCUGGUCCUGUACGGUUCAGAUUACGCGGUCCGUGCUGGCGGACCGUGAUGCUUUGGAGGCCUAUCUCGAGGCCCCACCGCUAGCCACUGUAAAGGAUCCAUUGGCGUACCAGAACACUGCCAUUAAGAGCGGCUCGGAGGACCCUGCGCUUGCACACAUGGCCCUCAACUUCCUGUCGAUUCCUGCCACGUCUGUUGACGCCGAGCGAGCCUUCUCUCGUGGCAGACUUAUGGUGAACCGCCUCCGGACGUCUCUCAGUGACAAGUCUGUUCGUGCGGGGACGGUCUUGGCGUCCUGGGCUCGGGUGGAUGGGCUUGUCAACAAGAGCAAAGCUGUCGCCUUCCUGGGUGACAAGAGAGGGGCUUGA